CAAUGUACACGGUUUUCAUGGUUUUGUGGAGCUUCUCAAAAGCCAUUGAUUAAAUUCGUCCUUUUUAGUCGGCUUUUGGUGAAUUUAUGACAAAUAUCUAGAGACAGAAUCGUUCAGCCAGAUCUAUAGAUUAUACAGCAGAAAUGAAAAUAAGUGAACCCCCUCAGAUUGCGCAGCCUCAAGACCACAAGGCAAAAAUCUGUCUUUGGGCUGAUCUAACAGUUAGUGAUCUUGAUGAACUUGAAGAAUCAUGGAUUUCUCCCGAAAGAGUGAAGCAGGCUCUGAGUCGAAUUUUCAACCUUGAAAACGGUGAUGAUCUCAAGACUGGUAUAUUGCUUGACCUUUAUUUCUACACUCUCCAGUUCGCAAAGGAAAACAAGUUCUCAAAGGAGCAGACGUCAGCUUUAUUUUCCAUGGUGAAACAAACCCAUGAGAUAUGUGUUGAAACCCCAUUUGAAAAUGUCAUGCAGUGUUUCCAGCAUUUUAGAGAGCAAGUUUUAUGCCAUGCAGUCAAGAGACCACCUUACAGUAUUGACCUGUUUGGCCCAGAGGAAGUGAGAAAGAUUACGGAAUACGUCAUCAACACAUAUUUCCGUCAUUACAAAAUGUACAAGUAUGCCUUUACACCAUUAGUGCGGCUGGACUUGACCAUGAAUUAUACUGGAAUGCCUCCAACACCACCACAAUCGAUAGCUGGUGACGAAGGGGACCAGGCUCUAGGUGAAGGUGAAGAUGGCAAGACGGAGGGUGGAGAGGAUGGAGUCAGGGAACAGGAAGGGGAGAAACAGCCAGAGGAAGAAGAGUCUCCUGCUGCCAAGGAACUGCGUGCCAUGAUCAAGACCCAUCUGGAGGAAGAAGUCAAGAAGUUACGGCUAUCCAUGGAUGAACAGUUGAAAGAGUCUGAGGAGGUCAUCAACAAGAAGUUGGCUGCAGUUGAGGGAACAAAGACACCAGCUGGGAAAGGUGGAAGGAAUUCAGGGAAGGGAAAGAAGAAAUAGAGGAAGAACUUUUUUAGUGUUAAGGAUUGAAUAUGAUCGGUGUUAUAAAAAUGGGGGGGGGGG